AUGAAUCUACUACCUUUUUUAGCUAUCCUCCGCAUCGGUUUCGGCAACCCCCUUCCGCAUGAAUUCAACCCAACAGCCACCGACUUCGUGAAUGGUCCCAUUUCCACUGAGGCGGAAAAUAUGAAUAUCACGAUUUCUGGCCUUGAUACAAGCACCUCGUCCACUUUCGACCCUACACCUCCAAGCAGUAUUGUUAACUCUAAACCAACUAAUACCUUCACAACUACUGCUUCUUCCAUUUCCUCCGUCUUUUCCUCUCCCCUCCCGGAAAGCACAUCGUCUUGUUUAUCACCAAUUAGCCCUUAUCUCGAAGAAUCGUCUUUCUAUAAAGAACCCCGUCCAACUCCAGAAUCCAGCACGGAAUCACCCACAAUUUAUGUUCCCUACCAAACCGAAGAUUCACAAUCUACUUCACUUGUGGAUCCAAUCACAUCAAUCGAUCCAACCACAUCAGAUACACCAGCACUUUCAUCGCCGCCGCCGCCGCCGCCACCACCACCACCACCACCACCACUUCUAUCCCCAUCACCACAACCCCAACUCCAGGACUUCAGCUCCCCCUACCACGAUGCAUCCGGCCAACCUCUCCACCCAGCAACCCAAACACCACCCCAUGUCCCCCGCGCCAACCCUGUCACUUCCCUAUUCCACAAAAUCAUGAAAGCCAUUUCCUCCUCCAAAGCCCUCAUCGGUCGCGCUCAAAAUGACCCACCAACCGAAGACAUGCCCCAAAACAUGCCCCUAGACAUCCUUUUCGCGCAUGAAGUCAAACCCGCCCUCGGAAUAAACUGCCGCGGCCCGACCCCCUGCACCUUCGACCGCUCAGACCACAAAUUCCUCGCAUUAUCCCUAAACCACCUAAUCGAAAGACUCGACGACAACAUUUCCUACACACACCUCCAAAAAGUAGCCUGCGCCGACUCUCUAGUCUUCCCCGCGAAACCAACGGGCUAUCUCUGCGCCUGGUUCGACUUCGCGAAACGCAAAAACACUUCAUAUUACGAAACCCUAGACGGAGGGUUAUGGGUAACUGCCUGGAAUGUUAAACGUCUUGCGAAGGAGAUUUUGAGACAUAAAUGCAGAAGGUGUGGUAGCGUUCCUAUCGAAUAUCCGCUACAUAAUGAUAAUUCCUUAGGAUUUUUCACUUUUAUGGCUCACCCGCAGGGAUGUCCUGGUGAAGAGUUUGAGAUUGAUGCUAUUUGCACUCAUAAGGAUAUGGCUGCGGACGCACAUGAUCCGCUCGUUGGUGCAGAGGUUAGUAAGACGAAUAAUGGAACAAAGGACUAUGAUGGGUCGAAUGAUACUUGA